AUGCUACCAGGAACUGCUCGCCCAAUUACUCUCCCACCUGACUACACACCGCCAGAACCAGGGUAUGUCGACAUCAGCUUGGCAACCUAUAUGAUGAUGAUGGGUCGUGUCGAGAGAAUUUCUACACAACAAAUUCGGGAGAUGAAUCGCAAAAUGCAUGAAUUGGGACCAACCAAAAUUUGGAAUUCAUGCAAUGGCUUCAUAAUUCCCCCUGGAUCAGAAUUGAGCCUAGACGCAACACCACAUUCCCACCACUUUGUCAACAAGUCGGCUUCAAAACCUCAACCACGUCGCCGCCAAGUCUCAAUCAAGCACUACUUUGAGGAAAAAUACAAGAUUCGCCUAAAUUACCCAAAUUCCCCCCUUUUGCGUGACCCAUCGGGUUCCAUGUUCCCCAUUGAAACUGUUUGGUUCCGUUACCGUGUUUUCUGA